AGGCCAUCAUUGUUAACCAUGUGCUUGAGCGAAGUGAAAGCUACAAACUACAAAGUGCGGCUGUUGUGUAGUAGAACCCCGUUCCUAUAAGAUAACGAAAAUCUUUUAGUUGUAGCAUGGAGCUAUUCAUCUAGAUUGCUGAUGACGUCAUGUGGAAGGAUUAAUUUGGUGGACGUGGAGAGAGGAACCAUGCUAUGUGUGCAAUAGUUCCGGAGCUGGUAACCAACCAAGAAUGACAAUGUCUAUGCAUCAGUUUGCACUGAAGAUUCUUCCUCGGUACUCUGCCUUGUUGAGCAGCUUUCUGCAUGCUCAGACCAGGCGAUCGGUGCACCUGUGCGCUUCAGUCACACAACGAGCUGGGAAAAAGAAUCGAACAAAACAGGUUACAAGCAAGUAUGCCUCCUCAGCCGUCAAGCCGUAUCCUGUCCCAGCCAGCCACCCUGACCCACACCCAUCCACGUCUGACCAAACAUCCGUCCCCAAACCCACCCAAGACUCCCCCGACCGGUCCCCAGCCGACUGGUCCCCUGCCAUCCAGGACCUCAACCAGCGAGUGGAGACGGCCAUACAGAGCACCGUGGACCAGGUCACCCCUUGCCCCAUUGAGCCCAAGGACGGGAACAAAGGGGAGGAGAAGGAGGCGGAAGGGGUGGCGGAACCCAGCCUGGGUCAGUGGAGGGAACAGAGAGUGGGGCUGGGUCAGCUUCCCUCCUUGUAUCUACAGCUGUCAAAGAGCAGGCUUACAGGUUUGGUAGUCAUCUCAGCGUUGGCUGGCUACGGCAUGGCACCGGGCGUGUUUGAGCUAUCAACGUGUGCUCUGACAGCACUAGGGACCUUCUUGACGUCAUGCUCAGCAAACACUGUCAAUCAGUACUUUGAGGUUCCAUAUGAUUCGCAGAUGGCAAGAACGAGAAACAGGGUCCUUGUCAAGGGUCUUCUGAGCCCUCUCCAUGCUGUCGGCUUUGCCUCGGUUGUCGGCACAGCGGGAGUCGGCAUCCUAGCCCUGACUGUCAACCCCCUAGCCGCAGCCAUAGCCGCUAGCACCUGGGCCCUGUACGUGGCAGUCUACACUCCCCUGAAGCGGCUUAGCAUCGUCAAUACCUGGGUAGGGGCUGUGGUCGGUGCGCUACCACCUGCAAUAGGAUGGGCUGCUUGUACUGGUGCGCUGGAACCAGGCGCACUCCUGAUGGCAGGAUUCCUGUAUUGCUGGCAGUUCCCACACUUCAACGCCCUGAGCUGGAAUCUACGCAGUGACUACUCCCGAGGGGGCUACCGCAUGAUGGCUACCACCAACCCUUCCCUCUGUCGUCGCGUGGCCCUGCGUCACUCCCUAGGCAUGCUGGGACUCAGUACCCUAGCUCCGGUAAUAGGUUUGACUACUUGGACGUUCGCCCUGGACUCUCUCCCCCUAAACCUCUGGCUGGUUCACCUGGGCUGGCGGUUUUAUCGGAAGGCAGACAGCCAGUCGGCCAAGCAGCUCUUCAAGUUCACCUUGUUGCACCUGCCGCUGCUUAUGCUGCUGUUGCUGAUCAGCAAGAAGAGUCUGCACCCGGAUCAGGCUCUUGAAGGAGUUGCAGCGACUUUAUGAUGAUGUCAUCAUGAUGUCGUCAUUUCGACAGCAAGUUGGACAGGCAGCUCUUCAAUGGUUGUACCUUCCGUUGCUUAUGCUGAUGUUGUUGAUCAUCAAGAAGAGUCUGCACCUGGAUCAGGCUCUUGAAGGAGUUGCAGCGAGUUGCAUGAUGUCAUCUUGAUGUCGUGAUUUAGACAGCAAGUCGGAGAAGGGACUCUUCAAGUUCACCUUGCUGCUGUUGCUGCUGCUGCUGCUGUUGAUCAGCAAGAAGAGUUUGCAAUGGUGACAUCAUCUUUCAGACUUUUAAACCUUUUUCAUGUAUAUUUCUACGGAUGUGCAAUGUCAUGGGUAUUCUUUGACAUAGGCUUCCCUGUCAGUGUAUAGGAGGUAAUAAUCUUUCAUUUUUUUUAUACUGUGUGAUCACAUUUUAGAAUUUGCUAAUUUUGCCGUGAUCUGAUCAGUUACAACAAUUAUAUUAAUUAUGCUUCAAUAUGUCACAACUUCCAGCCAAUGCAUAUGUUUAUUAUGUUGAUUUAUAUUAUCCCAUUACUUCCCCGGCCCUGUACCGCCCAAAGCGCCCCACUAAUUACUCCUUAACCGCCCAAGUGCACAAUUGCUUUCUGCAUUCAUCAAGGAGUAAUACAAUGUACCUCUCCUAUGCAAACACAUUCUGUGCAAAGUUGUCCUUUUAGUCAAAAUCAAUCAAGUG